AUCAAUCCCUCUCAACACACGCGAGCUCUCACGAGCUCAGAUCUUUCAUCAUGUCGGCGUUCAACGGGAAAGCCCCGUACGCCCCGGAUUAUGCGUCCUACAACUGGAUCGGUGCUCCGUCCGACUACUCUCUCUCGACCAACCCGGCUCUGGGCGGUAACUCCCGCACCGAAAACUUGAACAAAUGGUUCCAAUCCGGUGACCAGGCCUAUAUUAUCGUGGCCUCCGCGAUGGUCAUGGUGAUGAUCCCCGGUCUCGGUUUCCUUUACUCCGGUCUUGCUCGUCGAAAGUCCGCUCUGAGUAUGAUCUGGGCCUGUAUGGCUUCUUUCUCGGUUAUUACCUUCCAGUGGUACUUCUGGGGUUAUUCUUUGGCUUUCUCCCCGACAGCCACCAAUGGAUAUAUAGGAAAUCUGCGCUACUUUGGCUUGAUGAAGACUUUGGCUGAUCCGAGCCCUGGUUCGCCCUUGAUUCCUAAUAUUCUUUAUGCGUUCUAUCAGAUGCAAUUCUGCGGUGUAACUGCGGCUAUCGUCAUGGGAGCUGUCGCUGAGCGCGGUCGGCUUCUUCCCGCUAUGGUCUUUACUUUCAUUUGGGCUACUAUCGUCUACUGCCCGCUGGCCUGCUGGGCCUGGAACGUCAACGGCUGGGCUUACAAGUACGGUGUCCUGGAUUACGCCGGUGGUGGCCCCGUCGAGAUUGGCUCCGGUUUCACUGCUCUCGCCUAUUCCAUGGUCCUCGGUCGCCGACAGGAACGCAUGAUGCUCAACUUCCGCCCUCACAACGUCUCCCUCAUCCUUCUCGGUACCGUCUUCCUCUGGUUCGGUUGGCUCGGCUUCAACGGCGGUUCUUCCUUCGGUGCCAACAUCCGCGCUACCAUGGCUUCCUGGAACACCAACCUGACUGCCGCUUUUGCCGCCAUCACUUGGGUUCUGCUCGAUUGGCGCCUGGCUCGUAAGUGGUCCAUGGUCGGCUGGUGUUCCGGUACCAUCUCGGGCCUCGUGGCUGCUACCCCUGCAUCUGGUUUCAUCACUCCCUGGGCUAGUGUGAUCCUGGGUGUUGUCACCGGCAUCGUGUGCAACUACUCUACCAAGAUCAAGUACUGGAUCCGCAUCGACGACUCCAUGGAUGUGUUAGCCGAGCACGGCAUUGCUGGAAUCGUCGGCCUCAUCUUCAACGCCCUUUUCGGCGACGACGCCAUCGUCGGCCUCGACGGCGUGAACACCGGCUCCGGCGUCGGCGGAUGGGUUAUCCACAACUACAAACAACUAUACAUCCAAAUCGCCUAUAUCGUCGCAACUGCUACCUACGCUUUCGUCAUGUCCGCCAUCAUCGCCUACGGUAUCAACGCCAUCCCGGGCCUUAACCUGCGCGCCUCCGAAGAAGCUGAGCUCCUCGGUAUGGACGACGACCAGCUCGGCGAGUUCGCCUACGACUACGUCGAGGUCCGCCGUGACUACCUCGCCUGGACCCCCCAGAAACACGACCAGCUUGCAGACGGCCACCACAUCCCUGACGAGCAGCGCUACGGUGUCGGCGCGCACUCUGAGAUGAUGUGCGGCGGCAACCCGCCCACUGGCAUCAUGCUCGAAGGCCGCCCUCCGAACGGGGAGAGCUCCCGCGGAGACAGUGAGGGUGACGUGGCCAUGCACGAGCUCAAGAUUACUCCUGCGCCUCGCCAGGUUGCUGAGCACCAACCUCCCCACACUCAACCCGAGCCCGUCGUGUACGAGAAGACAGAGAACUAA